GUUAUCGCGCGUGGUUGUCGAUUGGCGGGCAAGGCAGGCGCGGACCGAGCGUGGAGUGGAGCCAACCUGCUGGGAGAGCCUACGCACCGGCAUCCUAGAUUUCAGGUCAGAGAGGGAGCCAGUCAGCCCAGCCCCUCGAUUUCUAGACCGCGACCAAGGAGAACUCCUCAGAGGCACAAGGUCCUCCCGGCCGCCGAAGAAGAGAGUGAAAGACAGUGAGUGUUGCUAGACUCUUCUUGGACAGCCAAAGUUUCUCAGCAAGCGAGACUCGGAGAGUUUGUAGCGCCAUUGAUUCCACGACCUCAAGACCUACCCCGUCAUGGUAGCUCCCGCACCCCAGUGGAGUGUUCUGUCCUUGUGAACCCCCCUCCCCCGAAAAAGCCCCUCGAGGCCGACAAAAAACAGUCUUAAUGUUAACUCUUGUGUUUGUGCAUUGGCGUGGCAACGUAAAUGUGUGGCCUCGGGUUUAAACUCAGGAACACCCCUUCCAAGAAGACCUCCCUACGUUGGGGUGACUGCUGCGGGUGCGGGGCCGUUGUGGUGUGGACCAGCCCUCUCCUGACAUGACUCGUCCACGUAGCUGACCUGGCCCCCUGUACGCGCGCCCUCGGCUAGGGUCUCCUGCUCCACGCUGCUCUCUCGCCCUCGCGUCUACCACUUCGCGGCGUCUCCGUUCGCUCCGGCACCGUGUCAGACUCUUGAAUACUCUUUAACCCACUUAACCAACAAAAAACUCCUUCACUCUGUAUAUGUGUCUCUGAUGAGGACGAGUCUUCCAAAAAGAAGCUAUUUCUUUGACAAAACUUAUAUAUAUAGAAGUGAUAAAUAAACAAGAAAAUAUAUAAACAAAAAGGAGAAAAAAAAACUAUAGAGGAAUCAUUAUUUUUGUUAUAAGAAGACACUAUUUUCAGUCAUCGAAGUUUUAUAAAGCUUUGAAAUAUUUAUAUUUUCAAAGGAAAGGAAUCUCUACUUUUUACUUUAUAAGGCAUCUGUCAUCAGCACGUUCAGGUUUUCAUCAGAGACGAAGACAACUACAAGGUGGCUUACUUGGGAAUUGAAAAGUAAAUCAACAGUGAUAAAAAAAAGACUCAAAUCACAGGUCUACAUAAAAAAAGGGAAAGAAAAUAACCUAUUUUCAGAAAAUAGAAAAGUCGGCUUUAUACAAGGCCUUCCAACCAGCUGAUAGAAACAGCAUAGAUAAACCAAACAUUCACCUAACUGUUGUUCUUGUUGUUGUUGUUUCCUGCCAAGCCUGGCCUUUCGGACAUCCCUCGCUAGUGUUAACAACCCCUCCACACCCCCCCUCACACCCCCCUACACACACCAGCAACACCCAACCCCCUCCUGUGUCUUCAGAAGCAAUACACACCACUCGUGACUCCCUCUUGAGUGUAGGUCUAAACCUCGAUAAACCACACACACGACGUCCCAACUCCUUUUUCCUCGGAUUUGUUUAAACGUGUGAUCGGAAAAAAAAAAACAACCGGCAAAAUGGCUAUUAAUAUCGGAGGCGUGAUAGCCAUCGUGAUCUUCUACCUGCUAAUUCUGGCGGUGGGGAUCUGGGCGGCUAAGAAGAAACCUGAGGGAGAGGAUGAUGCUGAUGACGUGAUGCUGGCCGGGAGAAGUAUAGGCGUCUUCGUCGGGAUAUUUACCAUGACGGCUACGUGGGUCGGGGGCGGUUACAUCAAUGGAACAGCAGAGGCGGUAUAUGACACGGGCCUUGUCUGGUGUCAAGCGCCCUUCGGUUACGCCAUGUCUUUAAUAUUUGGCGGCGUCCUCUUCGCCAACAAGAUGCGUUCCCAGGGUUACGUCACCAUGCUGGACCCCCUUCAGGAUAAGUUCGGCGAGCGAAUGGGCGGCCUGCUUUUCCUGCCGGCGCUGUGCGGGGAGGUCUUCUGGUCGGCCGCUAUUCUGGGCGCUCUAGGUGCGACCCUUAGCGUCGUGCUCAACAUAGACAACACGAUAGCUGUCAUCCUGUCUGCCUGCAUUGCUGUUUUCUACACCCUCUUCGGCGGGCUGUACUCCGUGGCCUACACGGAUGUCAUUCAGCUCAUUUGUAUCUUCAUCGGUCUGUGGCUGUGCAUCCCCUUCGCCUGGAACCACAGCGCAGUCGGCGACGUGGUCAACAUGGAGGACGACUGGAUCGGCGAAGUCCCCUCCGACCAGUACUGGAUGUACCUCGACUACUGCCUGCUGCUCGUGUUCGGCGGCAUCCCCUGGCAGGUGUAUUUCCAGCGUGUGCUUUCCAGCAAGUCGGGCCACAAGGCACAGCUCCUCUCCUACGUGGCGGCGUUCGGUUGUCUCAUCAUGGCAGUGCCACCGGUGAUGAUCGGCGCCAUUGCUAAAGCUACAUCAUGGAACGAGACGGGAUUCGAAUGCGAGAGCCCCGACACUUGCAUCACCAGCGAACACACGGCUAUGAUCUUGCCUUUGGUCAUCCAGUACCUCACGCCCAGCUUCGUCUCCUUCAUCGGCCUGGGUGCCAUCUCCGCCGCCGUCAUGAGCAGUGCCGACUCGUCUGUGCUCUCCGCCGCCUCCAUGUUCUCGAGAAACAUCUGGAAGCUUAUUUUCCGCCAGAAUGCCAGUGAGACCGAGGUGAUUUGGGUGAUGAAGGUCGCCAUCUUCAUUGUGGGUUUCUUGGCCACGACGCUCGCCCUCACCAUCCCGUCUAUCUAUGGACUCUGGUACCUCUCGUCCGAUCUCGUCUACGUGAUCCUCUUCCCCCAACUCCUGAUGGUGGUGCACUUCAAGAACCACUGCAACCUGUACGGCUCGCUGGGGGCUUACAUCGUGGGUCUGCUCGUCCGUGUCCUGGGGGGGGAGCAGAUGAUUGGAAUCCCGCCUCUAAUCAAAUACCCGCUGUUCGACGAGGAAUCGGGCACGCAGCUCUUCCCCUUCCGCACGCUGGCCAUGAUCCUGUCCGGGUCCACGCUGGUGUUCUUCUCGUGGUUCUCCAACUGGGUGUUCUUCUCGGGCAGGCUGGCCCCCAAGUACGACUUCCUGCGCUGCGUCGUCAACAUCCCCGAGGACGUGCAGACGGUCGGUGAUCCUCACGAGGGCGAGAUGACCGUGAUGGCUUGUCACUCGGUGGUCAAGUACAACGCCACGGACGAGAUGAACGGACGCGUCAACCCGGCGCUCAGUCUGGGCUCCGACAGCGACGAGGACAUCCCGGCGCCCACGACCGCGACGCCCGACGGCAAGGUUAAGAAGAGGCUGGUGGGCGAGAUCAUUUCCCCGCCGCCCAUCACGUCGCCCAAGAAGCAGGACCAGACCAAGCUGUGAGGAGGGUAACGUGUGCUCCGGCGAACAAACAAACAAAUGAAAGAAAAACAAAAACAAAAACAACAAAACAUAACAAACAAACAAACAUAUAAACCAUACAAGGCAAUAAAUGUGACCCAAUGCAAAUGAUCAACCUUUUUAGUACACAUGUCUAGCGUGGCGUGACUUGAAGACUAUGAAGUAGUUAGGAAAGCUGCAUUUGUUCCCUUUCCCCCCUCCCCCUCCCCCUCUCCUCCAUCGUCUGGUAAGCAAAUGUAGAUGAAAAUAGCUCAGUUUUUAGACCUAAGAUUUAAAAAAAAUUGUAUUCAUGCAUUGGGAAGAUCUUCAUAGAUCACAGACCAAUAGAAGACGAAGACGAAGAAGAAGAAGAAGAAAGGAGAAGAGAAUUUUAUCAUGAUAGAUCUCUAUAGACAAAAAAAAAUGUCCUGUGCCUAGCUAGUUCCACCUGUCUGACAGAUUUGGUGAAAUUCCCCUGGAUUAAGUCGAUGUCCGUAGCUCCUAAUACCACACGCUAUGUCUUGUUAUCCGCUAGCUACACUCCUCCCCCUCACGAACAAUGGACUUCUCUCAAAUUCCUCACCUAUUUUCUUCCUCUCCCUCUACCCCCGCUGGUUAAUUCAAGGAACGAAGAAAAAGGGAGGAAGAAAAACAAACCAUCUUAAGUUCUAUAUAAUUUUUUUUGUUAUUCUCCUUUUUCUCCCUUGCCAAGUUUCAUUUAUUAUUUAUUAAAAGAUGAUAUGCCAUUCGGAUUAUUGAAAAUCUUUUCGUCUCUUCUCCCUCUUUUCAUUACCUUCCUAAUUUUCUACUUUCUUACACAAAACCCAAACAACAACAGCAAAAAGAAGACAAAUUCCUUUGAGGGUGCGUAGUAAGUAAACGCUGGUUAUUUUUGUAGCAAAUUAAAAGGAACAUAAGAUAAAAUUCCCCGUUUUUUGUAGUGGACGCUUUGACGGUUGGCUUCGUGAGUAGCAUAGCAUCGCGUAGAUGAAAAAAAAACAACAAAAUAUGAAAUAAGGAAUGAAAGAAGGAAAGAAAGAAAAAAAGAGAGCAUUUUGACAAUGAAAAUUUUAUGAAAGAAACGUGAUUCAUUUUUUUUCUUCUUCUUAAAGCUGUAUUAUUUAUAUUAGUUCAAAGUAAAGUGUAAGGUGUACGUGCUUAUUAUACAUUCCGACCAAUGAGCGCACAGCGUCGGUUUGCUUACUGGCCAAUCAGAGGGUUGCUCUUGUGAGGACCAAUUCAUUCUCUUCCCCUUCAGGUUCCAGUGACGCAACGAGCGUAAAAUAGUUACACAUAUUUACAUAAUAUUGCGGGUAGAAUGAGACACGGUGAGGAAUGAUUUUAAGCUCGAUUUGCCGGUAAUUGGCGCGAACUGAUGCCGAUGAUAUACUAAAGUUCUAACGACUUUUCAUACCUCAUUAGAGAGUAUUUUGAUGAGUAUUUUCUGCAUGAAAGGACCAAAUGCCCCUUUUUCUUAGGUUGUUGUCUAGGUAAUUUUGGAAUUACAUGGUAAAUUACAUGGUUAUGCGGAGAAUGUACAGCAUUAUGUUAGUUAUUAAGAAAAUGAUCAUUAUUUAAAUUUUCUAUUCAAUUUCUAAAAGACUUGGAAGUAAAUUUCAGUUGUGGGUAACAGCUGAA